AUGGGUGUGGAUGUUGAUAUGGGUGUGGAUGUUGAUAUGGGUGUGGAUGUUGGUAUGGGUGUGGAUGUUGGUAUGGGUGUGGAUGUUGGUAUGGGUGUGGAUGUUGGUAUGGGUAUGGAUGUUGGUAUGGGUGUGGAUGUUGGUAUGGGUGUGGAUGUUGGUAUGGGUGUGGAUGUUGGUAUGGGUGUGGAUGUUGGUAUGGGUGUGGAUGUUGGUAUGGGUGUGGAUGUUGGUAUGGGUGUGGAUGUUGGUAUGGGUGUGUAUGUUGGUAUGGGUGUGGAUGUUGUUCGAGAAUUGAUGGAAUCUGCAACAAUUGAAGUUCGUUUUAAACAAACUGGUGAAACUAUUAAUGUACCAGUGUCAUCAACAUCGACAACUAAAGAUAUUAUUAAAUAUGUAUGUGCAGAAAGUGUACGCAGAGAAAAAAUUGAUUAUAAUGAUUAUUAUCUCGUUUUGGUGAACAAUCAAGAAAUGUUGGAUGAUGAUAAGACGUUUGAAGAAAUUCAAGCUAUUUCAAGAGAAAAUUCUGACUUUCAGCUGUGUAUGAAAAUAGAAAUACGUGAGCAAAUAAUGAGUCUUGCUCGACCAUAUCUAAGACUGGAUCAAGUCGGAAGAAUGGUUCACCCACAAAUACCGGUUGAUGAUGCCGAAUCAAGAAUAACAAUAGAAAGUAGUGGGAAUGUAAGUAUCUAACAAGAUUUCACAGUUUUCUUAAUCGAUUGUGCUCGUUCGAGCAAUCUUUAUAGUAUGUUUCAGACAUUAAAAAAGUCUGUUUUUCUGUUUUUGUUUUCAGUCGCAACCCCUUACUCCCCAAACUGAUGCCUCACAUGAAUCAGACGUCGUUCUCUGUACGACACAAUCCAAUACAGAAGGACACUCAACCGCAGCAAUAUUUCCAACGUCUUCUGAUAUAUUAAAACAUUAUCCAAUAAGCGAAUUGCCACAAGGCAGCACACUGCCAACUACUCAAUCGAAUAUAUUCUAUGGUUCUUCUGCAUUCAAAGAUGAGAACACAAAAACCUUCGAUACGAACUUAGAAUCGAACAUGUACAAUUCAUACCCGAUCUCAUCCUCAUACAUGCAAUCUACACAAGAAGAAAUAACGUCCUUAGCAGCGAACACCGCAUCAAGCAAUAAUGUUCCGAAUUCAUCGCUUCCAAAAAUAUUAGCUAGUACUUUUCAACAUGUGACAACUAAGAUCGGUGAAUUCAGUGAAAAUACCACUCUUGAUCCUAUUCUACGCCAAAAUAUUCGAGAGACAUUCAACGAAAUAAAUAUUGUCUUGUGUGGUUCACCACGAGUUGGAAAAAGCACUCUGAUCAAUGCCAUAUGUCAACAGAAGUUGGCUAGAGCCAGACCUGGACUUGACAGCUGCACAUCGAUAAUCUCCCGUUACGUCGUUAGGGAUAGCAUUGAAAUUGACUCGGAAACUAUAAACUAUCAAUACAACUUUUGGGACACUCCAGGAUUCGAAAGUUGGACUCAAGAAGACAUUCACAGAAGCUUAAAAAUAAUUUUAAAAAAACCUACACUGUAAAAAAAAUUCGUAGAAUAAUAAACCCUAGUACUUUAGGAAAAUCUUCCUAAACCC